AUGGCAGAAGAUUUUGCACACAGAGAAAUUCCGGAAGGUCAACAUCAAAUUCAGGCAGUUCUUCAAAGUUUGAACAUAUUUUUACAAAGAUAUAUGAAAACAGUAAAUGACUAUGACUUACCAAAAUUGUCGCAAAUGAAUACUGCUGAAUUACCAAAAACAAUUCUGAAAGAAUUGUCUUACCAUAUUACCCAAGAAGAUCUUGAUAAAGCAAAUAUAUUAAAUGAAGCUCAGCAUGCAGUAUUCAAUAAAGUACUAGAUCUUAUAAAUAAAGAUGAAGGAGAUGCUAAUAUGCAAGUUUCUCUUGCCAAUAAUAAGGAAAAAACUUUUGUAGAGUACUUACUCAGAAUUGGCAAUAGUACUGAGUCUACUAUAGAUAAUAAUCUGAUUUGA